GAGGCUGGGAAUCCUGGACAGCCACUGGCCCGCGGGGAUCCCGCCGCCCUCCCUCACGGCGUCCACUUCCGUCUGUCCGGGAAGGAGGCACCUCCCCCUCGGCAGGCCCCCGACCGUGGCCCAGGGCUCGGCCGGGCCGCGGCGCUGCCCUCUGCGGCCGCCCUCCUCCUCGGCGCGGGCAGACAGCAGCUUCAGGCGGCGGGACGAGGUACGUGCGCUUCACGGGGCCCACAAACGCGCAGGGAGCUCUGCUCGGCUCUAACUCGCACGUGUGUUUGCACGAGGCAAAGGAGGUCUUUGCCGUGUGCACAGCCCGACUUAAAUAUCUGCAAUGGCUAACGAAGCACACCCUUGUCCAUGCGACAUUGGCCACAAGCUAGAGUAUGGAGGGAUGGGGCGUGAAGUUCAAGUGGAGCACAUCAAGGCUUAUGUCACCAAAUCCCCCGUCGACGCGGGCAAAGCCGUGAUUAUCAUUCAAGAUAUAUUCGGCUGGCAGUUGCCCAAUACCAGAUAUAUGGCUGACAUGAUAGCAGGAAAUGGUUACACAACCAUCGUUCCAGACUUCUUUGUAGGGCAAGAGCCGUGGGACCCCUCUUGGGACUGGGCCACCUUCCCGGAGUGGUUGAAAACAAAAAAUGCCAGGAACAUCGAUAAAGAGGUUGAUGCUGUCCUGAGGUUUCUGAAACAGCAGUGUCACGCGAAGAAAAUUGGCGUCGUGGGAUUCUGCUGGGGUGGAGUAGGUGUCCAUCAUCUGAUGGUGAAAUACCCAGAGUUCAGGGCGGGCGUGUCCAUCUACGGCAUUGUCAGGGAUUCUGAAGAUGUGUACAGUUUAAAGAACCCCACAUUGUUCAUUUUUGCUGAAAAUGAUCCCGUGAUUCCUCUGGAGCAAGUCUCGUUGCUGACCCAGAAGUUGAAAGAACACUGCAAAGUGGAGUAUCAAAUUAAGACGUUUUCCGGGCAAACUCAUGGGUUCGUCCAUCGGAAGAGAGAAGAUUGUUCACCUGAAGACAAGCCCUAUAUUGACGAGGCGAGAAGGAAUUUAAUCGAGUGGCUGAACAAGUACGUCUAGCGGUGGCCACGUGCAAACUUCCUCAAAAGAGCUUUCAUCCAGAAAUUUGCUUUGAAAUACUUGGAUCAUUUGAUUUAAUUUUCACCCUAUAUACAAUAAAUCAAAGGAUCCUUAAAUUCAUUAUUUCAUCUGAAACACAAAUUCAGUAGAAAAGGUUAAUUAUGAAAUAAUUUAAUUUUUAACACAUCUAUAAAUAAAAAAUUUAAAAACAGGUCAGCACCUGAAGAACUUGAGUGAUAGGGUAAUAUUGUAGUAAUGUAAACUUAUGGCUGUUUGAGCACCAGCUGACAGCUCGGGCGUGGCCUUCCUCUUCUUGAACUGAGCAUAUCCUUUAAAAUGACUAACGUUGCAAAGCCGGGACAACAUGACCUGUAAGCUCAGGGGCAUUAAAGGCCCACAUUAAUUAGACAUGUGUCUUUGUCUUCAUACAGAUGACUUUGUCACAUUCAUACAUGGCGCUAUGAGAAAUAUUGAGAUUAAAAUGGGGUUGCAUUGACCUAAUUAUAUCAAGCUAAUAAACUUACUUUUUGAAUCUUUGAA